AUGGAAAUUCCAACUAGAUUAAAUGCCGCGUGUGCAUUAGAAGCGUUGGAAUCAUCUGAUGACCUUAAGAAAGAUGCAAAGGCGCAGAAAGCUAUUGCUACAACGAUUAGCAAGAGAAAUCAGCAGAUAAUUAUGUCGUGUAACAGUGCCAACGCGAUGUAUAGAAAGUUGUGUGACCUAUAUGAAGGAGAUACUGAGGCGUUGAAAGGAGAACUUUUAAAGGAGUAUUUCAAUUUCCGCAUGACGACUGAUAUAGCCAAGGGGAUCGCUGAUCUCGAAAACCUAAAAAUUCGUUUGAAAAAUGCAGGUCAUGAAAUUGAAGAUGCCGAAAUGGUCCAGAGAAUACUUUCUGCACUCCCCGAGACCUAUCAAUAUUUUAUACCUUCAUGGCAGUCAGCACCUAAAGAUGAAAGAACAGUGUCACAUCUCACCACACGUUUGAUGGCUUUAGAGAGGUCCAAUAAGCAACGCGAGAACCCAGAGAAUGAUGACAAAGUUGCUUUCAAAACUACAAAGAAGAAAGAUGGCUACAAAAACAGAAAAGGUGAGAAAAAUCUACCCAGAUUGAAGUGUCAUCUCUGUGAAUCAGAAUCCCAUCUCGUCCGAACAUGUCCCAAGAAUCCAAACAUAAAGCGCUGUAAAUAUUGUAAGAAACAAAACCAUAAAUCAGAACAUUGUUAUUUUAGAGAAAGAUAUGAGAAAAGGGAACCAGAAAAGAAAGAGAAGAUAGCAUACCUGUCGCACACCACCAACAACGACACUAAUAAAUGUAAAACUGGUGUUGCAUUUUUUGUAGAUUCAGGCUUGUCUCACCACAUGAUUAAUGAUGCUUCAUUGCUGAGUGAUUUCAAGAAAGGUCAUGAUGUGAUUCAGUUCUUGGUCUAG